UCCAAAUCUAAUCCUUUUUCUAUUCUCAUCACCCUCCUCUUCUUCUUUCCACUGCUCAGCUUCAUUUCUUCUUCUGUUCUGUGUUCUGUCUUCUUGUUCCUUCCACCUGAAACUCAAACAGACAAAUAGUUCAUUUUGUUUGUUUAAUUAUAUUUAUAUGCUUCCUCUUAUAUAGAAAAAGGAGUUCGAGAAAACUCACCAAAGCUCAAGCUAAAAUGACAAGGAAUUGAAGUAAAAGGAUCAACUGUGCCUUUAGAAGUACGAGUCAAGGGUCCUAACAAGUUUAACAUUGAAAAAUUGAUGCAAUGUUCCUGUUUCUUCUUCUUCUUCUUUCAAGUCCAAGUUCCAUAUUUUCCCGCACUGCAACAGCUCAACAAAUAAAUUCCAAUGUUAGCCUAGGUUCUUUUCUCACUCCGACUAACAACUCAUAUUGGCCCUCUCAUUCUGGCCAUUUUGCCUUUGGUUUUUAUCCAAAUGGAGAAGGUUUUGCAAUUGGGAUUUGGUUUGCGAAAAGUCAACAGAAAACUAUCACAUGGACAGCAAACCGGGAUGACCCACCAUUGCCAAAGGAUGUGAUCUUGAUCUUGAGCAGUGAUGGCAGGCUUAUUUUGCAGCGGGAACAUGGCCAGCAGAUACCUUUCGCAAACACGUCUCAGCCUGCUUCCUCUGCCUCCAUGCUCGACUCUGGGGAAGAGCUGGUGUCUAGCAUCUCCAACACAAAUCAUACAACUGGAAGAUUUCGACUCAAGAUGCAAAGAGAUGGAGAGCUGGCAAUGUAUCCUACGCAAUAUGCAGCAGGAGACGAUUCUCUUUACUGGAAUACAGCUACAUAUACUGCUGGAGAUAAUGUGAGUCUGAAUCUUGAUACUGAUGGCAAGCUAUACCUGUUAAAUGCCACAGGCUUUAAUAUACGAACUCUAAAUGAUGGGCAAACUGUGUUUGGUAAUCCCAUUUAUCGUUUAACAAUCGAUGCAGAUGGAUUAUUUCGAUUAUAUUCAUAUAAUUUGGAUCAAAAUGGUACUUGGUUGGUUGCAUAUCAAGAUAGUGAGAAUAAGUGCCUUCCCAAAGGCUUAUGCGGCUUGAAUUCAUAUUGUAUUCCUCUAGACCAAAACACCAAAUGUACUUGUCCUCUUGGUUUUGAUUUCAUUAACCCUGGUCAGGAGAAUUUGGGCUGCAAGCGAAAAUCCAGUGUAGAUGAUUGUGUGAGCACUAAUUAUACUAUUCUGGAAUUGGAAAGUAUCACAUGGGAAUCUGACUCAGAUUCUGUUGUCCGAUCUAGCAACAAAACUGAGUGCAGAGAUGAAUGUUUAAGAGACUGUAAUUGUGAAGCUGCCUUAUUUGAUAACCAAGAGUGCAAAAAACAAAAGCUUCCAUUGCGAUUUGGGAGAACGAACAACGAUGGUGAAACAAUGGUAACUCUUAUCAAGAUUAGCAAUGGAGAAAUGGGGGGCAAGGAAAGACCAAGAGAGAUGCCAAACACGAAUGAUUCCUCAAUUAUGAUUCCUAAGAAUAACAAGAGUGGGCUACAAAUUGGUAUUUUAGUUGCUGGUGCUACAAGUUCAACUUUUGGGCUCAUUAUUCUAGCAAUUUCUGUUGCUCUUAUUUUCAAACACCGUGUUUCUAUAUUCAAAGUACUCUCUAACAAGGCAAAUGGAGAAUUUGUUGAGGAUUUCAAUCUAAGAUCAUUUACCUAUGAAGAACUUGAGAAGGCAACCAAUGGCUUCAAUGAAAGGUUGGGAAGGGGAGCUUUUGGGACUGUUUUCAAGGGAGCUUUGAUGAAUGGGAAGGUCAUUGCUGUAAAAAGACUGGACAAAGUGGCUAGUGAAGGAGAGUUGGAAUUUCAGAAUGAAAUGAGGUCAAUAGGUAGAACUCAGCAUAGAAAUCUUGUCCGCCUGCUUGGUUACUGCCAUGAAAAAUCCAACAUACUUCUUGUUUAUGAGUACAUGAGCAAUGGAUCACUUGCGAACUUUCUCUUCAAAUCUGAAACAAAGCCAAGUUGGAAAGAAAGAGUUCAAAUUGCUUUAGACAUAGCUAGAGGCAUCCAUUAUCUGCAUGAGGAAUGUGAGACCCAAAUCAUCCAUUGUGACAUAAAUCCUAAUAAUAUAUUGAUGGACGAACAUCAGCGUGCAAGAAUUUCAGACUUUGGGUUGGCAAAGCUGUUGAUGCCAAACCAAAGCAGGACACUUACAGGGGUCAGGGGAACUAGGGGAUAUGUUUCCCCAGAAUGGUAUAAGAACCAACCCAUUACUGUGAAAGCAGAUGUCUACAGCUUUGGGAUUAUGUUCUUGGAGAUCAUAUGUUGCAGGAGGAGUGUGAGUAUGGAUGUUCCAGAUGAUGAAGCUAUUCUUGCAGAAUGGGUUUACAGCUGUUUUAAGGCCAAUGAGCUGCUUAAGCUAUUUAGUGCAGAAGAAGUGGCAGAAGAAGUGGAUGAACAAGCCUUGCAAAGAAUGGUUUGCAUUGGACUGUGGUGUAUUCAAGAAGAGCCAUCACUUCGUCCUUCAAUGAGGAAGGUGAUUUUGAUGUUGGAAGGUACCAUUGAAAUACCUUUUCCUCCUAGCCCUGCUUCUUUUAGCAGUGUGGUCUAAAUCAUGUGCCUUGCUUUCUUCAAAGACUGUAAAAAUGUAUCUGUGGGCAUAAAUGAUACACACACACACACACACACCACAUAGCUCCAAACAUACUUGCUGCUUUUUCUUCUUCAAAAUGCUAUAAUCUAAGCUAUGUUAUUCUAAGAUUGUCUUGAAGGCCCUUUUUUUUUUUCAAUUCAAUUAUAGUACUCGGCUUCUAUCUGUUUCCAUCUGAAAUUAAAAUUGAUAUACUACCAGACUUAAUUGCCUGCGGGAAUACAAUGAAAUACAUGUUUUAAUGAAAUCAAAUCCUUGAAUAAAAUUAUCAGAAACAAAUUGUAUUUGAGUUAAAACAAGUAGAAAUGAGCUGUAAAAACAAAUUGUAUUGUUUUUGUUUAAAGAACAAAUGAAAAUUGUUAACUAAAGAUUGAAGUAGAAUUCCCUGAUUUUGUUAGCAUCGGUUGAGAGAAUGUUUAUUUUGUUCUCUUCCGUUUUGUAAAAGACCUGAAGAGGACUUUUAUUCAAAUUAAAUAUAGAUAUAUAUUAAUUUUAUUCAAAUUUUUAUAUUAAAUAUUAAUAAACUAAAAGGUCUGUAUA